AUGGUUACAUCUUCUAUGAAAAAAACGAACAACAAAGUUCGAUGGGGAGAGAUAGAGGACGACGAUGAUGAAAACCUUGAAUUCUUGCUUUCGGCGAAGCAAGUGAUCGGACCUAACAAGAAUGGUAUUAAGAAGGUGAUCGAGUACAAUUUCAACGACGAGGGCAAGACGGUCAAAGUCACUACCACCACACGAGUCCGUAAGCGUAAGGAAACGGCUAGAGAUAAAUGGAUCACGGAGCGACGUACAUGGGCUAAGUUCGGCGACGCCGUCCAUGAUGAUACCGGUGGUGGCGGUUUCACUACGGGUUCAAAGGAAGACAUCUUUUUGGAACGACCAAAGGCUCUUUCUGGUACCAAACCGGAAGAAACAAAGGCAUCACCAAGUGCGGUCUUGAUGAUCUGCAGGAAUUGCGGAAAGAAAGGUGAGCACUGGACAGCGAGAUGUCCUGAGGGUAAUCAUUCCUCCACAGAUCAAGGAGAAGCUUCUACGCGGAUCGCGAAAGCUGUCACUGAGAAGCCUGCUUCUUAUGUUCCACCAAACGUGAGAGGAGGCACAGAGACGAGGAAGAGGAACGACGAGAACUCUGUACGUGUGACUAACUUGUCUGAAGACACGCGUGAACCGGAUUUGAUGGAUUUGUUUGGUUCGUUUGGUGAUGUGACUCGAGCCUAUGUGGCCAUUGACCCGAAGACACGAGUGAGCAGAGGCUUUGGUUUUGUUAAGUUCGCGAGUAGAGAAGACGCGCAGCGAGCAAUCAACAAAUUGAAUGGUUAUGGUUAUGACAAUCUCAUCCUUAGGGUCGAAUGGGCAACUCCUAGAUCCAACUAG